AUGACGGACAGGACGACUCGUCGGAGGAGAUCUAGCAGUAUCCUCCAGGUCUACCAUGAGCCGCUCGAGCCCAUUGAGCAGCUGAAUGACCAGUCCACACUGCCAAACCUCAACGCCAACUGGGUCAAUGCCAAGGGCGCCUGGACCAUCCACAUCGUCAUCAUUGUACUCCUCAAGAUCUUUUACGACAGCAUCCCAGGCGUGUCGCAGGAGACAUCCUGGACGCUGACCAACAUCACAUACAUGGUGGGCUCGUACAUCAUGUUCCACUACGUGCGCGGCGUGCCAUUCGACUCGAACGGCGGCGCCUUUGACAACCUCAACAUGUGGGAGCAGAUUGAUGACGGCGCACAGUACACUCCCGCCAAGAAGUUCCUGCUCAGCGUGCCCAUCGUGCUGUUCCUGCUGAGCACCCACUAUACCCACUACGAUAUGGCGUAUUUUACUAUUAACUUCCUUGCUGUGCUGGCUGUUGUUAUUCCCAAGCUGCCAUUUAGCCAUCGCAUGCGCGUGGGGAUAUUUACUGAGCCUCCCGAGGAGACAGACUCGUGA